ACAAAUUUCAAAUUUUCAUAAAAAGAAUUUAAUUGGGAUCAGGUAGAAAAUUAAAUGAAAGGACAUUGUUUGGAGUUAAAAAAAAUUCAAUGAGCAUAAUAAAUUAAAAUAAUUGCAGGUAGAAACUAGAAAGUUCAGGUACGUACUUAUUUGAGAAUAAAUUUAAUUUUAGGGACCCCAGUGAAAAUUAAAAGCUUUACAUUGGUACUGGGCUUAUGAAGGGGCCCAUUAUAAUAACAAAUGCAAUAACAACGUUUUGGUCAAACGAAAGCAGAUUCUCAGCCAUUUUCAUUUUGACAAAGAAAGAUUCUCAAGCUUUUUCUCGGGUGAAAUACUCACUGGUGUCUUCAUAAUUUUUGUUUGAUAAUGGCCAUCAUAAACUCACCAAUGAAAAGGAAAGGUAACUUUCCUCCAAACUUAAAGCGGCAAAAAUUUGGUGUUGUUCGAGAUUUUCCUGACGGUUGUGGAUACCUUGCUUCUUCAACUUGCCAGAGAAAAUUUGAAGAGGGUGACAAUGCAAAGCAUAUGCAAAAUCCUGCUGUUGUGAAAAAGGUGAAAGCCUUAUCUGUGCCUGGUGUUGGAAAAGGCCUGCAUGUUGAACGUGAUUUUCCAACUGGUGGAACUUUUGUCUCCCCUUGCCCUUCUCCUUCCCGAAGCGAUUCUAACAAUUUGAAUUUACCAGCUGAGGACAAACUUUCAGCAUCCUGUAUUAACUAUGACGCAGAUGCUUUUGGAAUGAGCAGAUCACUUAUUAGGGAGGAGCAGCUUAAUGAUGAUAGUGAGAAUAAAAAAUAUAAUGACUUGAUUUUGCAUGAAGAAGCUAUAGACAACCGCAAGAAAGUGAAGGAGGCUUUAGAGUUGUACCAAAGCAUACUAAAGAAGGUACGUGCCUCAGGGAAAUUCAAAUUCGCAGUAGUUGCUUAUUACAGGGCAUCUAAGAUCUAUUUUGAGCACGAGAAGCGGGCAAUUUUUGUUAAGCAAAUAGGGCCUAUUCCAGGAAUUCAAGUGGGUGAUAAGUUUCAAUGUAGAGCUGAACUCAAAGUUGCCGGCCUUCAUAGCCAAUUAAUUCGCGGUAUUGCUUACAUUAAGAAGGAUGGGAAGCCCUUUGCAACAAGUGUAGUUGAUGCCCAACGUUAUGAAAAUGACAUUAUAUCUUCUGGCAUGUUGAUAUACUCUGGGGAAGGUGGAAAUCCAAUGGUUGGUUCAAAAAAGAAACUAGUUGAUCAGAAAUAUGAGCAAGGGAAUCUUGCAUUAAUAAAUAGUGAGGAAUCAAAGAUACCUGUAAGAGUGAUUCGUAACGUUCAUAUUUCAAAGGAAUCUGGUCAUAUUGCUUUGAGUGGUCAGAGGCCAUCUAGUAGUAGUACCCGCAUGUAUGUGUAUGAUGGUCUGUACUAUGUUGAUGAACAUUGGCAAGAAAGAGGGAAGUUUGGUAAGCUGGUCUUUAAAUUCAGGUUAACAAGAGCUUUGCAACAACCAAAGCUCAAUUUUCAAGAGAGAGUGGGCAAUUCAAAGUGCUCAAAAAUCAAGAAGGACGUUGUCCAUAUGAAUGACAUAUCUCAAGGAAAAGAGAAGGUUCCUAUUAGACUUAAGAAUUCAGUAGAUGAAGAGAUGCUCACAUCCUUUGACUACAGCACAAGUAGCAUCUAUCCGAAUUAUAUUGAACCUGUUUCCACUUAUUGUUGCUCCUGUGUUGAUGGAUGCACAGACUUGGAGAAGUGUGACUGCAUCUUUAAAAAUGGUGGGGAAAGGCCAUAUAACUCUAAGGGAUGUAAUGUUACAUCAAACCCCAUCAUUUAUGAGUGUGGUUCUUGUUGUAAGUGCUCUGAUUCUUGUACCACUAGGUUAACUCAAAAUGGCAUCAUUCUCCAAUUGGAAGUUUUGAAGACUGGGCCAAAUAGAUGGGGUGUUCGAUCUAGAUCUUACAUUCCGAAGGGAAGUUUUGUGUGCGAGUACAUUGGGGAAGUUCUUCCGGAUAAGAAAGUUCAUCAAAGGUUCGACAUUUUAUAUAGUAAACCUUCAUGGGAAGGUGGUCGUGUGUGUUUACUUACCUAUCCUAAAGUGAGUUCAGUUCCAACAGGUAACUUCACAAUUGAUGCUACAAUGCAGGGGAAUGUUGCUAGAUUUAUUACUCAUAGCAACUCUCCUAAUCUUAGAGCCCAAUAUGUUAUGUAUGAUCAUUCUGAUGUGAAAGUGCCGCAUGUGAUGCUAUUUGCGAUCAAGGUUAUACGGCCAUCGCAGGAGUUGACUUAUGACUAUAGCUGCACACUGGCCGAAUUUGGCUUUUUGAAAGGUGGAAUUUAGAUAGAAAGGUGACUCUCUUAUUCUCUCUUUUGUCUUUGUGUUGUUAAAACAAUGUAGAAAGUACAAAGUUGUAGCAAAAAUGUUGAAAGUAGAAAUUAACAUCUUCUAAUUUUAGGAUGAAGAUGAUUGAGGAAUCAUAUCAUCUCUCUAUGCCAAAUCCUUUUGUGCCUUUUGUUAGCUUUUCUUUGGUUAAGCUUAAAUGUUUCCUUCCUUACUGAUUAAAUAUCUAUUCCUAUUCAAUACUUACUGAUGUAAUAAUUACACUCCAUAUAAUUGAGUAUUGGGUACCACAUACAAAACAAAAA